AUUGUAAUGGCGCGCCCCCUUAAUGUCAGAUUCGAAAGUAGGCAUUGUGUGAACAGUUAUUGCAUUUGGAUACCAUUAUUUAGAUAAACAACGAAAGAAUUGCAUUAAGAUGAGCACGCCAUGGAGGGAUAUCAAAUACAAGACGUUUGAAGAGGCAAUGGUUGGCCUGAAAGAAAGUAUCAGCGCCAUCCAAGCAAAGCGUCUAAACGUUGUCCUUGUUGGGCACACCGGUGCAGGCAAAUCCUGCUUCAUCAAUUCCAUCUGUUCCAUUUCUCGAGGAAGAAUUGUCAAUGUGGCUUCCACGAGAAACGCAACUUCCGGGGAUGUUGGAACAUACCAGUUAACUCUGAUUAAAUCAAAAACGGGUGAGCUUCUCCAGAAUGUGUUCUUGUAUGACACGAUGGGAUUCACGGGGACGUUUGAUGAUGACGAAAAGGGUAUAGGCAACGAAGACUUACGGGAUGUUUGUCUCGGUCGACUGAAAAAGGGACACACCUUCGUGAGCAAAGCAGACGGUGGAAAACAGGUCACCACGAAAGAGACGUCCGCUUACCAUUCGUCAAAUGCAGAGGAGCCAGAAAAUCAGUGUGCGGCAGACAACGAUGCGAGGAAACCACACUGCGUCGUUUUCGUCGUUAGCGCAGAGACACUUACACAGGAUACUGACACAGUCAUUCAGAAGAAACUCCGGAAACUAUACACAUAUGUGCCUCAGGAUGUAGCCAAAAUCGCCGUAAUUACGAAGCUAGACAGGAUCUGCGAUACUGUGCAUAAAGAUAUUAAAAAUAUCUUCACAAGUAAUGAAGUACAGAAAGCAGUAAAACGAGCUGAAGAAGUGUUUGGUCUGCAAGAAAACCAGAUUUUCCCUAUCGUCAACUUCGUGUCCGAAAUGGACGUUGAGAAUGAUAAAAGUGUGCCAAUUCUGUACGCACUGAAGUUUAUUCUCAGUUCCGCACUCGACAGGUAUGAAGAAAGGGUCGACAUCUCGGACGAAGAUGAUUAAAAGCGUGUGGAAGAUUCAUUCAUUGAACGAACAAUAUGCCUGCGUUCAUUAACUUUAGAAUUACCUUCAUAAAUAUGUGUUUACUCGAAAGCAUAUUAUCUUUUAUAAAGUCACUAUGUAUAGUCAUUUUUAAAAUAAAACGCAUUGCCUUAUCA